AUGAUGCCGAGAUACUCUACGGAAGGUGCAAUUGGAAUGAAGGUGCUAUCUGAUCCUUCGAAUGCCGAGCUAGACAUUGUCUUUGUCCACGGAUUGACCGGCAACCGCGAGAAAACAUGGACCCACGAAAACGGAACCUUAUGGCCCCGAGAUCUCCUCGCCAAAGACUUAUCCAAAGCACGUAUUAUGACCUUCGGCUACGACAUCGACAUAUUCAACUUCACCUCAAUUACCUUCUCAGACAGACUCUACGACCACAGUCAAUCCCUAGCCUAUGCAAUCGUCAGCCAAAGAAUCGACUACUCAAGCAGACCAAUCCUAUUCAUCGCACACAGUCUCGGCGGUCUGGUCUGCCAACAAGCCUUGAUCCUCAGUAACACCAUAGACGGUCUAUGGGCGAUAUCAUCAAGCGCUAUCGGGAUAAUAUUCAUUGGUACACCGCAUCACGGAUCUUCGCUCGCUUCCUACAGAGAGAAACUCGCCAAAGGAAUGAAUAUAGUCCACACCGCAAGCAGGGACAUGGUCGGGGCUUUGCAUCCGGGUUCAAAUAAUGUGCAGCGAGUUGGGAAUGAGUUUUUAUCUAUGCUUUCGCGUGGCGACCUCUCUCUUAAGGUCUGCUGUUUCUAUGAAGCGAAGGAGAUGAAUGAUAUAGUAGGCAAGAUUGUUGAAGAGCACUCGGCUGUUCUGCGGAAUUAUGAGAAUCGAGGUAUCAAUGCUGAUCAUUGCAACAUGACGAAGUUUGGUGGUUAUGCGGAUGAGAGUUAUAGGCUUGUGAGGUCGGUUAUUACGGGGUGGCUUCAUGAGUCUCAUGAUAAUGAAAGCAAGACUGCCGUGUCUGCUUCUGUUUCUGGAAAUCCUGCUUGGUUGGGGUCUUGGACACCAGGGAAUUUUUGCUUUAAUGGGAGAUAUUACACGCAUGGAGAUCAGAACUUUAACUUCGACUGA